AUGCCCGCGAAUACCGCAUCUAUGCCGCUAUGCGCGACGACCAUUGACAGCGAAAGUAGUUCGAACAGUCUUCCCUUACUGAAGAAAGAAAAGAACAGUUGGGGAAACUACACACAUUUUUUUCAAGAACUUGCUAACUUAAGCAGAGAUGAUAAGUACAAUUUUGAUAACAAUCCGCAUAAUACGGCACUCAAUGAUUCAGUAGAAUCGAUUGGUUUUUUAAAUGAGCAUAUACCACCGCAAGAUUUCGGACUAGUGGAAGUUUAUACGACUACUGCUCACUAUCCACCGUCUUUUCAUGAUCCUCCACCAGAAACUUCUCAAGAACCAAACUACGAGGAAUAUUCUUGUCUUGAAAAUGAGUCGUGGGAUGCCAAGAGCAAACAGUGUACUCCGACAACACUGGAAUCGGUGAACACCGAGGAGACAGAAGAGGAAAAUUCUGAUGUAUUCCAUAAGCUACCGGUCGGUCAACGAUCCACCAGACGACAGCGAAUUGUCAUAAAAACACCUCACGCCAAUAUGUACAUCCAA